AUGUCAGACCCUCCAAAUUCUACCGACGACAACCGAGCAGCACGUGUCAUCGCUGGGCAUCUCCCUUCAGGGUACACUGCAGGCCUCGAUAGUGUGCAUGCUGGUGGCGGUGACCCAAGAGAGCCCGGAGAGCCUGAGCCGGAAUCAUCUCUAAAACUCCAAGGGGGCGACAUACACCGCGAUCUGUACAAAAUUCAACAGCCGAACAGAUUGCAGCGGGCUGCUACCUUUUCCCAUCCCAAUGAGUCCUCCACCGCAAUGGAAAACGAGACAUCGGUCGCAGAGCAACUUGCCCCCGGUGGCUUCCGUCGAGAGUUCGUCCGCAAAAAGUACGGUCGUUUCAAUCCCGCUGUCAUUCCCGUCACCCGGAACUUCGUCGAGUUUCUCUCACUGUAUGGCUCCUUUGCUGGUGAGGACCUGGAAGACUCGGAGGAGGAAUCAGCGCUUGAAGAUGAAGAAGGAGCGCCUUCGGAGAGGAGACCACUCCUCCCUCGGCGGCGGACCGCUCUAGCAAAACCAGGAGACGCCGGCACGAUCAAGACCUUCUUCACCUUGCUCAAGGCCUUUAUCGGUACUGGAAUCAUGUUCUUACCAAAGGCGUUCAACAAUGGCGGCAUCCUGUUCUCGUCCAUGGCCCUGUUGACGGUUUCGCUCGCCACCACAUGGGCGUUCCAUCUCUUGCUGCGGUGUCGACAAAUACACAAGAAGUGCGGUUAUGGCGAGCUUGGUGAAGUAAUUGGUGGUCCUAGAAUGCGGGCUAUCAUUCUCGGAUCUGUCACGAUCUCGCAACUCGGAUUCGUCUGUGCUGGGACGGUUUUUGUGGCACAAAAUUUGUAUUCCUUCCAAGAUGCAGUCACCAAAGGUCCAUCCCCAGUGUCGACCAAUAUCCUGAUUGCCUUACAGCUGAUCGCCUUGGUCCCACUGGCAUUCAUUCGAAACAUCUCUAAGCUUGGUCCUGCGGCGCUGGUGGCGGACGUCUUCAUCCUGCUCGGGCUAGCUUACAUUUACUACUACGACAUUUCCAGCUUGGUCGACCACGGACUCAAUUCAACUGUUCAAUUCUUCAAUCCGCAGCACUACACGCUGACCAUCGGGUCAGCCAUAUUCACUUUUGAAGGGAUUGGUCUCAUUCUUCCCAUUCAGUCGUCCAUGCGAGACCCUGACAAGUUCGAGCCCCUUCUCUGGGUCAUAAUGCUCAUCAUUACUGUCAUCUUCACCUCGAUAGGAGCGCUUUGCUACGCGACAUUUGGGUCUGCGACGAAAAUUGAAGUCAUCUCCAACUUCCCACAGGGGAGCAGGCUGGUUAAUGCGGUCCAACUUUUGUACGCCCUCGCCGUUAUGGCCGGCACACCCGUCCAACUAUUUCCAGCCCUUCGAAUCCUGGAGGGAAAGAUGUUUGGCCACCGUUCUGGCAAGCGGAACACGUCCAUCAAGUGGAAGAAGAACGGCUUCAGAACCGUUCUCAUUGUUCUUUGUGCUUUGGUGGCAAUUUUGGGAUCCAGCAACCUUGACACGUUUGUGGCCCUUAUUGGUUCGAUCUGUUGCGUUCCGCUUGUAUACAUAUACCCUCCGCUCCUCCACUACAAAGGAGUGGCAAAGUCAAGCUGGGAGAAGGCCGGAGAUGUCGUCCUGAUGAUAUUGGGGGUUGUUUGCAUGAUUUACACGGCUACCAUUACUAUUGCGACUAGCUUCAUGUAG